UUUCUCCUGACCACUCAUUCUCACCCUUCUUUUCCUUGUCCUCUGCUUUAUUUAUUAUUAUCCCCAUACUUAUUUUAAAAAUUAAAAUACUUCAUUAAUUAUUAUUGCUCGGAUAUUUAGCCAUGGCUAAGGAAGUUGAAGCCGUGCCGGAGCAGCCAGCCGGAUUCUCCGCAAAGGACUACCAUGACCCGCCGCCGACUCCACUGAUCGACUUAGACGAGCUGACCAAGUGGUCCUUUUACAGAGCCAUCAUCGCCGAGUUCAUCGCCACGCUCCUCUUCCUCUACGUCACCGUCUUAACCGUCAUCGGCCACAGCCGGAGCAUCGACAUCAAUGCCGGCGGCGAAGAGUGCGGCGGCGUUGGAACACUCGGCAUCGCCUGGGCCUUUGGUGGCAUGAUCUUCAUCCUCGUCUACUGCACCGCCGGAAUUUCAGGUCAAAUUUCACACACAACUCCAUAAUCAGUAAUCACUUCAUAUUAUAGAAAUUGAGGGGCAAAUAAGGCUAAAACAUUUUGGAGUAUCUAUAUUUUAUUCUAAAAAAGGACUGGACUGGUUGAAUUGGAUACUAUUUAAAGCACAUUUUUUUCAAUUAUACUAGUAUGAUUUUGUGCACCCUAUUUGUGUUAAAAAACAUUUUAUCUAUAUUUUACUUUCCAAUUGAGGAAUUUUCUCUCUAUAUUAAGGUUAUACAGAGUACGAUUCUCUUAGCUACUUGAAUUUGGUAUGGUAAAAAUAUUAUAUUUGGUCAGGUUUUAAGAUACCCUUGAGAUUAUUGUUUGUUACAGCAUAAUAGUCUUGAAGUUUGUGUCAUCUUUUACAUUGCUGUAUGAAGACUAUCAGUAUUUGUAUAUAGGAAUUAGGAUGUUUUCUUGUGGACUGAAAUUUGCUGGUCUGGUCUGGUAAACGUUUGGUCUCUGUGUAUUUUAUAACUACGGAAGUCUGAUCUGGUCUGGUCUGCUUAAGUCUAGUCUGGUCUGAUAUGGUCUGUUUAAGUCUGGUCUGGUAUGAGACUGAAAACAAAACAUCCUUUGAAUUACACCGCACUACGUAUUACUCUUAAUAUUUUUUUUGGAUGAGUAUUACUCUUAAUAUAAGUAGCCCUAUUUUAAUAGGGAGUAUGAAGUUAUACUCCCUCCGUAUCUUUAAAAUCUUCACAUUUGAAAAGUAGGUAGAUUAAGAAUAGUGAAAGAGAAUAUGAAUUAUUGAGGGUAUGAUAGGAAGAUAGUUGAAUAAGGUGAUGGAAUGUAGGAUAAAUCCAAAAAAAGUAGUUGUAAUAGUGUAUUAUUUUCAGAAUUAUUGAGGGUAUGAUGGGAAGAUUUAGAAAUGAGAAGUUUUUUUUGUUACGGACGAAAAAGGAAAGUGGGAAGAUUUUAAAGUUACGGAGGGAGUAUUAAAGAUGUGUAUAGAAACAUUCCAAAAUAGACCCUCAUAGUACUGGUGUUCCUCGAGGACUUUUAUUGAGAUUAAGACAACACUAAAAUAUCAGUAAAUAGCUUCUAAAAAUAGUAAACAAUAAGAUGAAGAAAUUUGAGUGUCAUAUGAGGAAAUAAUGUGAGUAAAUUUCGUAAACUAUCAAGAACUUAUGAGCCAUACCUUUUACUCCGUAGUAUACUACUCUAAUAAUUCUUCUACUUAUGAACUUUCGAAAAAAUCUUGCAAAAGAGUAUUGAGGAUUCAUAAUUGAAGAAACUUAAUCGAGGAAAAUUCUUAUGAGACCGGCCUGACGGGAACCGUCGUCAACUCGAGACCAUUUGGGGUCCUUCUUGAUAGAAUUUUUUGAUGAAUUUUUUUGAGCAUGUUUUUCAUCAAGUGUAGAUUAUCUCCAGAAAAUUUCAACUUCUAAUUCAACCUGGAAGUCAGUUACAUAAAAUACUAAAAACAUAUUGCGCUUUAUGUAUAUAAAUAAUGAGUAAUAUAUUUCAAUAUAGUAUUUAACUGACUUCCGGAUUGAACUUGUAAUUGAAAUUUGCUUGUCAUAAAUUUCAGUUGAUACAGAAUAUGCUCGAAAAAAUUCAUCAAAAAGUUCAAUGGAAAGUUUAUUUCAACCCCAAAUGACCUCGACCUAACAAUGGUUUCCAUCCGGCCCACCUGAUGAGAAUGCUACUCAACUUAACUACCUUACUAUUUUGAGAUGUUUUUUUAUUGAUUUCUGAGAUUCUUAACAUGGUGCCAAAAUAAACGGAAUUGACCACCACACCGCAAAAUAAUUGCACCCACAGUACUGUGAUAACAUUGAAGCCAUUCUAAUGGUACAUCGUAUCCCUUUCACGGAAAACAAAUACUACCUCCGUCCCGUUGGAAUGUUCCCACUUUCCCUUUUUGGAUGUCCCAAUGGAAAGUUCUCAUUUUCGUAAAUGGAAAGUUAUCCCAUAUUAAAACAGUGUCAAACAGUGCAAAACAGUGUCAAACAGUGUCUAAACAGUGUCCGAACAGUAAAAUUUACCCCUGGUAAGUUUAUUUCCUUAAUAUGUGUGUAGGUCAAACCGGGAACAUUCCAACGGGACGGAGGGAGUAUAUGCAUGCCAGGAGGGCACAUAAACCCGGCGGUAACAUUGGGGCUGUUUUUGGGGAGGAAGGUGUCGCUGAUAAGGGCGGUGUUGUACAUGGCGGCUCAGUGUUUGGGAGCGAUCUGCGGAGUGGGAUUGGUGAAGGGCUUCCACAAGGCUUAUUACGACCGUUACGGCGGAGGGGCGAAUAUGUUGCAACCUGGAUACAACAUAGGUACCGGUUUGGGUGCAGAGAUAAUUGGUACCUUCGUCUUGGUCUACACUGUCUUCUCUGCCACUGAUCCUAAGAGGAAUGCCAGAGAUUCUCAUAUUCCCGUGUUGGCCCCACUUCCAAUUGGGUUCGCGGUGUUUAUGGUCCACCUGGCCACGAUCCCCAUAACCGGAACGGGCAUAAACCCGGCAAGGAGUCUUGGAGCAGCAGUGAUUUACAACAAAGACAAGGCCUGGGAUGACCAGUGGAUUUUCUGGGUGGGCCCCUUCGUCGGCGCCGCCGUCGCCGCCAUCUACCACCAGUUCAUCCUCAGGGCCGCCGCCAUCAAGGCUCUCGGCUCCUUUAGGAGCAACGCCUCAUAAACGGGCCCAUUUAUGGAUCAUUAUUAUUGUCCCACAUUGAAUAUUUAUUUACUGCUUCGUUUGGAUGUAUUGAAGUGUAUUUCCAUUUCUGUGUAUUAUUAAUUACUCGAUUAACUUAUUAUCUUAUGGUUGGAUUUACUUAAUCUAGUUGGGGUCUUUUUCGGGUUCGCCUCUUGAUUGGGUUGCACUGUUGUAUGUGGUGGGUGGGGGCCACUGAUGAUGAACCAUAAUUAACUUUGCAUUUGUUUUCUAAAACUAGGGGCCUGACCGGGUUCGCCGAUAAUUGGAUACUUGUUCAAUAUGAUGUGGAAAUUAUCAAAUACUCUCCUGCUAUGAUUCUCCCAUUUUACAUUUUGGGUCUGUCUCCCUAAGAUUGUCUCAUACCUUAUUUGGUAAAAUUUGUGUGAUUCUAAAUCAUUAUUACUUUAUUCUUACUUCAUCAACUCAAUAUAAAUCACAUAAAUCCACUUUUAUUAAUAACCGUGUCACCUUCUCUUGUCCCAAACUUAGGGGAACGGAGGUAGUAUCAAAGAUGCUGUUUGCGAGCCUUUAGCGACAAAUCUUAAACUAAGGAUAUUUUCUUUUGGACUGUUUUGAGUCCCAACCAGACAAGAUCAGACCAGACCAGACCAGACUUAAACAGACCAGACCAGACUCUUAUAGUUAUAAAAUACACAGAGACCAGACGUUUACCAGACCAGAUCAGACCAGACCAAACCAGCAAAUUUCAGUCCAAAAGAAAACAUCCUAAGAGUUGGUUUUGGUAAUCUUUUCAAAAAAGAAUACUACAAUACACACCUAUAGGCUAAAACAAACAUUUAUGGAACUUGACCAAUUCAGAUAAGAGAAGACUAUAUCAAACCAAGCAGAAUAGAAUUUUUUAGUCCAAUUAAGAAACAUCCCUAAUGAGAUUGAACAUACAAGUGCAUUUGUCACAGUCUAAAUUAUUCAUAAAAAUUCAGUUUUUUUUUUAAAAUUCGGUAACUAAAUUUGUUACGUACGGAGUAGUAUUUAGGUAAUACGUGUAAGCACAUAAUUAAUUAAACCGCAAAGGGAUUUGAGGCAUAUUCUAAUAUUACAUUGAGUUUAUGAGUCUGUUUGGUAACACUGAAAUCGGCUGAUUCUGGC